AUGUCAGUCGAGGAACACAUCCAAUCGUCCCUCUCACUCAAUUCGCAACUUCUCUCCAUCCUCUCGUCCACCGACCAUUCCAUCCCAGAUCUCAAACAACAACAACUCUACCUAUCUGACCUUACUUCUCAACUAUCUUCCAUCGACGCCAAACUCAAGGAAUUAGACAGAGUAAGGGAAAAAGAGAAGAAGGAACAUAUCUCAUACCGUGACUCGGUCUUCAAGAGAUUCGCAUACAAGUCAACAGGUAGGAAAGAGAAAUUUGAGAAGAAAGCCGAGAAAGAGGAAAAGGAUUAUUUCGAUAAUUUACGUUCUACUCAACUUGCUCAAGAUUCACGUAAACAGCUCAUCCAACUUAUCGAACAAGCUAAAUCUACCGAAGACCAACUCAAACAGUCGGUUGAUAAACAUCAAAAUGCACAGAGGGAGCUGGAUCAAUUGUACGAUUCGAUCUUUUCAGGAUCGACACCUAGAUAUCCACAGGAAGAUGAUCUAGAACAACGAUCCAACAAUGCUUUGUCGGCAUAUCACUCUCUUCGACAAUCUCUCGAAGCAGAACUACAAGUUAAGAACUUGUUGGAGCAGGCUAGUAGAGCUAUGAGAGCCUGUUUAGAUCAUAUGCGUGGUGCGGAGGGAUAUUCAACAUGGGAUAUGUGGGGAGGAGGUACAAUGUCAGAUAUGAUGGAAAGAAAUGAACUUUCAUCGGCGGAUCGUCAAUGGUCAACAGUCCAACUUUUAACUCAACAGGCUAAAAACCUAUCACAAUCGGUGAGGGAUUUACCCCAAGUUAGGGUAGCAAUGGGGAAUAUAAUGUCGGAUGUCUUUUUCGAUAACAUAUUUACGGAUAUGGCUUUUCACGAUAAGAUCAAGAAUAGUAUAUACGAGUUGAAUGUCGCUGCUGACGUCGUGGAGAGGAAUAGGCAAGAGAAUGAAAUUAGAUUGAAUGAGAUGGGAGGGGAAUUGAAAGGGAGGGAAGAGAGGUUAGAGAGGAGUAGAAGGGAUUUACAGGAUUUGAGAAGUGAGAUAUUCAGACAGAUAGGAGAAGGGCAGAAGUGA